AUGUCAAAAGCUACAGGGUUCCUGCCGGUCCGGUCCCCCCAGGGAGCCGAGCCUACCGAGAUUUCUCAAUUUAAUAUGGAGGCCCUGGUUCAAAAAUUGAUAUCUCAAGAUCAAAGAUCAAGGGUUUAUCAAUCUCAAUUGGAGGCAAAGAUCCAGUGCGAUAAUAUAUCAUACCAGCGGGUGUGGCAUUAUUCUGCGCAACUACAACAAACCAUCGACGCAUUGCAGUGCCAGCAAAAUAUGAGAAUAAGAAACGCUGCUGGCGCUUCUGAUGCCAUCGCGCGCGAGCUAGCUCUGGAACGACAAAAGGUUCAAGAAUUAGAGGCGCGAGUUAUCAGUUUCGGUCCACUUAUUGAGACAGCGGUAUCUCGUGCAAAUCUUUCGGAUGAUUCCCAAGAGAGACAACUCGCUGUUGUUAAAGAGAACGAGACUCAAAGAGAGAUCAUCGCUUCCCUUCAAUCCACCCUUCAAGCCCGCGAAUCUUUGGCCGUGCACUUGAAUGCAGCACUAGCGGAAGCGAUAAGGGAGUUGAAUGAGUACGAGAGGCAACUUGCGAGAUCAGAUUCUUCUUCUGAUAUUGAAAUUGUGACAGAUUAG